UUGGUACUACUGUCAGGGUGGGUGUGUUAAGUUGUCCCUCCCUGUCCUUGCCUUACUCCUUUCCUUGUAACAUGCUUCAGUCUGUCACGAGAAGUGGUGGGCAGGGGACGCUCGCUGCCUCUCCGUGUGUGUGUGUUUGUUGAACGUCUGAUAAGGUGGGAAGAAGGUGUGGCCAGGAUGAGGGUGACCGCGGCGGUGCUGGUGUUGGCAAUAGUGAUGGUGGUGGCGGCGAGGGUCGAGGGGCGUGAAAGAACCAAGCGAUGCGCGGCGACCCAGUGCCACAAUUGUAUCCGGUCCCCAGGUUGUGUAUGGUGCAUGAUGCCAACGGAAGGGAUGGAAAACUGUCAACACGGCGCCAGCAUCAACCUGACCUCCUUCUGUGACCCCAUCUACCUGCAGAACCCCCAAAACGAGGUCCUGUUGGAGCGAGACGAUGACCUGACAAUGAGGGAGAGGAAACAGAAAGCAAACCCCAACGAGGAAAUCAUUCAGCUCAAGCCGCAGAGAAUCAAGCUUCGUCUCAGGAAAGGUGAGGCCCAGAACAUAAGCAUCACGUACCGUCGAGCUAACGCCUACCCCGUGGACCUUUACUACCUAAUGGACCUCUCGAACUCAAUGAGAGACGAUAAGGACAACUUGGUGGCUGUGAGCGACGUCCUGGCUCAGACGCUCUACAACCUCACCGACCAAUACAUGAUCGGCUUCGGGUCCUUCGUGGAUAAAGUGAUGAUGCCUUACGCGGAUACGGCGUCGGGGAAGACCCCGUGUUUUGGCUGCGCCCCGACUUACUCCUUCAGGAACGACAUGAAGUUAAACAAUAAACCGGAAGACUUUAAGCAAGGCGUGAAAGCAGCCCAGAUCUCCGGGAACCUCGACUCUCCGGAGGGCGGGUUCGAUGCUCUGAUGCAGGCGAUGGUGUGCAAGAGUGAGAUUGGCUGGAGGGACGUAGCCAGGCGCAUCCUUGUCUUCUCCACCGAUGCCUCGUUCCACCAAGCAGGAGAUGGACGGCUGGCGGGUGUCGUGGUACCCAAUGAUGAAACCUGUCACCUGAACGAACAUGGAGAGUACACAGACUACGACAAAUAUGAUUACCCUUCCAUCGGCCAGAUCAUCAAGGUCUCGGAGGAAAGGGGCAUCAACGUUAUCUUCGCCGUUCUGUCCAAUCCGAAGCUGUAUAAGGAUCUCUCCGAACAAAGCGAAACCUUCAGCUACGGCCUACUGAGCCAGGGCUCCUCCAACGUGGUGGACCUCAUCAAGGAGCAGUACGAGAGCAUCUCGAGCGAGGUGAUUCUGACUGACAACAGCACCGACGACGUGACCAUCGCCUACAGCUCGGCGUGCAAGGGCAGCGAAAUCACGAAGACCAACAAGUGCGACAACAUCAAGGAGAACAACGAGGUCACCUUCACGCUCGAGGUCACGGCCAACAGAUGCCCGGCGAACGGCAAGGGAUCGAUCGUGGAGGUGAAGACGCUGGAGGACAAAGUGAUCCUGGACAUCGAGUUCCUCUGCUCCUGUGACUGUCCUCCUGCCGAUGCCGACAAAUCAAAAUGCAACGAUCACGGUCAGAUAGUGUGCGGAGUCUGUGCCUGUGACUAUGGAUACUACGGGGACAAGUGCCAGUGUGGGGGUGACGGCGACUCCGGUGGAUUCAGCGGCGGGAACGAGGACCUGGACAAGAGGUGCUUUGCCAGCGAGGAGGAGACCAGGCCUUGCUCGGGGCGGGGUCGCUGCUCCUGUGGGACUUGUCUGUGUAAAGAGGAGUACGUGAGCGGUCAGUUCUGUGAGUGCAACAAACGCAAGUGCUCGCUGGGAACGGGUCAGGACUGCUCCGGCCACGGGGUGUGUGAUUGUGACACGUGCAAGUGCGACCCAGGCUUCAAGGGCGCCCACUGCCAGUGUCGUGACGAUUUGGCGUGCAUAGAAAAAGGGUCUGACAAGGUGUGUUCCGGCCAUGGCACGUGUGAGUGUGGCAAAUGUAGGUGUGACACGCAGGGGAACGAAACCUACACCGGGAGAUUCUGCGAGGACUGCCUGCGGUGCGGGACGGGGAAGUGCAGCCAGUUUAAGGAUUGUGUUCAGUGUAUCCAUUUCGGCAACGGCCCCCGCCAGCACGACUGUAACACCUGCAUGAAGUCCGAGGCCGUGGAUAGUCUGAACGACCAAGUGUACAAGGGCGCCAGGCUGUGCACGGUCGAGGACGAGGAUGGGUGCUAUGUCAACUUCACGUACCGCUACCUCGAGAGAGAGAGCCGAGACGAGGUGUUUGUGCAGACUGAAAGGCAGUGUCCGGAGCCGCCCCCCAUCCUGCCUAUCGUUUUUGGCGUCAUCGGGACCAUUGUGGCGGUGGGGCUCAUCACGCUGCUUAUAUGGAAGAUCCUCACACACAUUCACGACCAGCGGGAAUAUGCGAAGUUCGAGAAGGAAAGCCAAAACGCGAAAUUCAAUGCGGAGGAGAACCCGCUGUACAAGAGUGCGGCCACCACUGUGCAGAACCCAGUAUUCGACCAGCAGCAAGGUGUGGCCGGAAUGAGGGUGGCGGCGGCGGCGGCGGUGUUGUUGGUGGUGGUGGUGGUGGCUGCGGGCGGGGUGUGGGCACAGGAGGAGGCGGAGGACGAUUGUGAGGCCCAGGGACGGUGCAGUGAUUGUAUGCAGACUCCGGAGUGUGUGUGGUGCAUCAAUCCUAAGCUGGACAUGAAGAACUGCCAGAACGAGGUCAGCAUCAACAUGACCUCGUUCUGUGACCCCGAUGACCUCGAGGAUCCCCAAAACAGCGUGGCCGAGGGGGGAGACCAUAUGACGGGCGGAUUGUGUGCACGGGCGGACGAGAAGGAAUGUAAGGCCCAGGGACAGUGUAGCGAUUGUAUCCAGACGCCGGGGUGUGUGUGGUGCAUCAAUCCUAAGGUGGACAUGGAGAACUGUCAGCUCGGGGUCAGCAUCACCGACCCGACCUCGUUUUGUGACCCCGCUGACCUCCAUGACCCAAAGAACAACGUGACAGUGGUGGAGGACGAGGAACUGACAGUGAAAGGCGCGGGAGAUGCAGCCAGCGAGCAGCCUCAAAACAUCAUCCAGCUCAAGCCUCAGAGAUUUAAGCUGAGCCUCAAGAAAGGAGUGCCACAAAACAUAACGAUCAAAUUCCGCCGAGCUCUCGCCUACCCCGUGGACCUGUACUACCUCAUGGACCUCUCCCAGUCCAUGAAAGACGACAAGGAGCAGCUGGCGAAUGUUAGCCAGGUCCUGACGGAGACGCUGGGCCGACUCACCGACCAGUACACAAUCGGCUUCGGCUCGUUCGUGGAUAAAGUGAUGAUGCCUUACACGGAUACGUCAACCCUGAAGUUAGCCAAUCCGUGCGACAAUUGCUCCAAGCCUUACUCUUUCCGAAACGACAUGAAACUGACGAGGAACAGCGAAACAUUUAAGGCCGGAGUACAGAAUGCCAGUAUCUCAGGGAAUCUGGACACUCCUGAAGGGGGGCUCGAUGCUCUGAUGCAGGCGAUGGUGUGCAAGGAAGAGAUCGGCUGGAGGGACCGGGCCAGACGCAUCCUAGUCUUCUCCACCGAUGACAAGUUCCACGUAGCAGGAGAUGGGCGCCUUGCCGGGGUUGUGACGCCUAACGAUGAGAACUGUCACCUUAACGAAGACGGAGAGUACACGGCCUACGCCCAGUUCGACUACCCCUCUAUCAAUCAGAUCAACAAGGUCGCCAAGGAGAGGGGCAUCAACGUGAUCUUCGCUGUUCUGUCCCACCGAGAACUCUACGAAGGUCUCUCCAAACGCAUCGAGACCUCCUCAUUUGGCAUGCUCGAGAAAGGUUCUAUCAACGUGGUCGACCUCAUCCAGAAGCAAUACGAGAGCAUCUCCAGCGAGGUGACUCUGAGUGACAACAGCACCGACGACCUGACCAUCGCCUACAGUUCGGCGUGCAGCGGCAGCGAGAUCACGAAGACCAACAAGUGCGGCCACAUCAAGGAGAACGACACGGUUACCUUCACGCUGGAGGUCACGGUCAACAGGUGCCCGGCGGACGGCAAGGGAUCGAUCGUGGAGGUGAAGACGCUGGAGGACAAAGUGAUCCUGGACAUCGAGUUCCUCUGCUCCUGUGACUGUCCUAUCGAUCGCAACAUCUCAAAGUGCAGCAGUCACGGGCGCCAGGUCUGCGGUGUGUGUUCCUGCUUCGAGGGCUACAGCGGGAAGAAAUGUCAGUGUACCGCCGACGGGGACUUCAGCGAUGACGAGAACAAGCGGUGCAAGGCUAACGUGGAUGACGAGCGGGUCUGCAGCGGGAGGGGAACCUGCAAGUGUGGGGAGUGCAUCUGUUACGAGAACGUGACCGGCGACUUCUGCCAGUGUGACGGACGGCUGUGCUCACUCGCGAAGGGUCCAGCGUGCUCCAACAACGGGGUGUGUGAAUGUGACAAGUGCAAGUGUAACCCAGGAUACACAGGUGCCUUCUGCGACUGUCUCAGCGAGGCGUGCAUACAGCCAGGGUCUGACAAGGUGUGUUCCGGCCAUGGCACGUGUGAUUGUGACAAGUGUCGGUGUGACUCGCAGGGGAACGAAACUUACACCGGGAAAUACUGCGAGGACUGCCUGCGGUGCGGGACGGGCAAGUGCAAUCAGUUCAGGGACUGUGUGCAGUGCAUCCACUUCGGCAACGGCCCCCGCAAGCAGAACUGCAACACCUGCGAGAAAUCCGAGCCCGUGGAGAGUCUGGACGAGAUGAUGUACACGGGCGCCAGGCUCUGUAACUUCGAGGACGAGGACGGCUGCAUCGUCAACUUCACGUAUCGCUACCUUGAGAACCAGAACAAGGAGGAGGUGUUUGUACAGAACGAGAGGCAAUGCUCCCCGCCGCCGCCAAUCCUCCCCAUCGUUUUCGCCCUCAUCGGCACCAUCGUGGCCAUCGGGAUCCUGACUCUCAUCAUUUGGAAGAUCUUCACGACCAUCCACGACCGGAGGGAAUACAAGAAGUUCGAGAGUGAGAGCAGAAACGCGCAGUUCAGUUCGGAGGAGAACCCGCUGUACAGGAGUGCGGCGACCACCGUGGAGAACCCAGUCUUCGCCCGGCAGGCCAACUAGCACACACACACACACACACACACACACACACACACACACACACACACACACACACACACACACACACAUACAUAUUCUGCCUUCCUCCCUUUCUCUCCUUCCUUCCUUCCUUCCUUUCUUUUUUUUUCUUCUUUCCUUCUCUCUCUCUCCUACCUAUCCCAUUAUCCUUACACACACACACACACACACACACACACACACACACACAC